CUCCGGUCCUUUUUGCGGAGUCCUCUCUUGCGGGCCGGAACCUUUGCUUGGCUCUCAGUCUGUCCGGGGAAAUUUUGGGUGGUGAUACCUAUCAACUGACAGGCAACCCGGCAGAUAAGAGCUUGGGGCUAGGGGACUGAGGGGAGACAGGGAGCGGGAGGAAAUGGAAAGGUGAGGGGCGGAGCCAGGGAGCUGCGCGGCCGGUAGGAGCGGCCGUAGGCCCAGGGCCUGAACCAAACUCAGGGCUGCACUGGAGCGGGUGGUGGUCGGAGAAGAAAGGGCAGGUCCCCUGCAGCUUCUGGGGCGUUGCUAGACGCGAGAGACCGGAAGGGCCUCCGCGGCGGGGCCGCGAGGGGGCGGGGCGGGGUCCGGGCUGCGUCCGUCCCACGGGGCGGGGCUGAGUCUGCCGAGCGGCCAACGGCAAGUCCAACGGCCGGCGGGCUCCCGCCUCCGCCAGUCCCCGCCUCCGCCAGUCCCCGCCCCCGCUUCCCGGCCUGCUAGUCUGGGCCACCGGGGUCUGUCGGUCUCCCCGCCUCCGCGUGGUUUUGUCGCCCUGUUUCUUUCGCUUUCGUGGCUUGCUUCCGAGUCCUCCGCAGUGUCUCUCUCUCUCUCUCUGUCUCCCCCCUCCCCUGCCUCCGUCUCCCCAGCCUGGGUCAUUCUCCCGCGCUCCGGUGUCCGAGACCUGAGGGCGGCCCGGCGCCCAGCUCUGCCCCGAGAGAGAUGGAGGAGCCGGGGUCCCGCGAAGGUGAGCGGGGCUGAGGCACUGCAGAGAUCCGCAAGAAGUGGAGCGCUAGGUCAUGGAAGAAGUGACAUCGUGCUCCUUCAACAGCCCUCUGUUCCAGCAGGAAGACAAGAGAGGGGUCACCUACCGGAUCCCAGCCCUGCUCUACAUCCCCCCCGCCCACACCUUCCUGGCCUUUGCAGAGAAGCGCUCCACGAGCAAGGAUGAGGAUGCUCUCCACCUGGUCCUGAGGCGAGGGUUGAGGACUGGGCACUCAGUACAGUGGGGACCCGUGAAGCCACUGAUGGAAGCCACAUUACCUGGGCAUCGGACCAUGAACCCCUGUCCUGUAUGGGAGCAGAAGAGUGGCUGUGUGUACCUGUUCUUCAUCUGUGUGCGGGGCCACGUCACCGAGCGUCAGCAGGUCACGUCGGGCAGGAAUGCGGCCCGCCUUUGCUUCAUCUGCAGUCGAGACGCCGGCUGUUCAUGGAGCGAGGUGAGGGACCUGACUGAAGAGGUUAUUGGUGUAGAGGUGAAGCGUUGGGCCACAUUUGCUGUGGGCCCAGGUCAUGGCAUCCAGCUGCAGUCGGGAAGGCUGGUCAUCCCUGCAUAUGCCUACUACAUCCCUUACUGGUUCUUUUGCUUCCGGCUACCAUGUAAAGCCAAGCCUCAUUCCCUGAUGAUCUACAGUGACGACCUAGGGACCACCUGGAACCAUGGCAGGCUCAUUAAGCCCAUGGCAACAGUGGAGUGUGAAGUGGCAGAGGUGAUCGGGAGGGCUGGCGUCCCUGUGCUGUAUUGCAGCGCCCGGACACCAAACAGGUGCCGGGCAGAGGCUUUCAGCAUUAACCACGGUGAAUGCUUUCAGAGACCAGCCCUGAGCUCUCAGCUCUGUGAGCCCCCACACGGCUGCCAAGGCAGUGUGGUGAGUUUCCGGCCCGUGGAGAUCCUUCAAGUGUCCCAGGACCCUCAUGGCAGAGAUGCUUCUCCCAUUCAGCAGAGCCCUCUGCUGGACAGCUCCCCGAGGCUAGGGCAGGAAGCUGGACCACGGUCUGAAUCUUGGCUCUUGUACUCACACCCAACCAGUAAGAAGCGGAGGGUCAACUUAGGCAUCUACCUCAACCAGACCCCCUUGGGUGCGGCCUGCUGGUCCCGCCCAUGGGUCUUGCACUGUGGGCCCUGUGGCUACUCUGAUUUGGCCGUUUUGGAAAAGGAGGGCUUGUUUGGGUGUUUGUUUGAGUGUGGGACCAAGCGAGAGUGUGAGCAGAUUGCCUUCCGCCUCUUUACAGACCAAGAGAUCCUGAGCCACAUGCAGGAGGACUGCAGCAGCCCUGGUAAGGACUCUAAGCCAACUGAAAACUAAAAAUUGGCUUAAGACCCAAUUUUCCAUAGAAAGGAAACCACCGAAGGCAACCACAGGCAGGAUAAUGGAGGCCAGGUUAACAGAGGUUAUGGAAGUCUACGGAGAAUCCAAAAACUUAAUAUUCUGCUCUCCACCUUUUUUUCACUUCUCCUCCAAAGAGCAAAAGGAAAAUUGUGCCGUAACUACUGCAGUGGGAAGAACUGUGAGGUGGGAAGCCAUGAUGUGGUCCUGGUUGUGCCGCUGGCUUGCUUUGGGACCUUGGACGUGUCCCCUGAACUCUCUGGGCCUCAGUUCUCCAUCUGUAAAAUGAGAGGAUUGGCUCUGUGAUUUUUCUGCUUCCCAUUCCUAGGAAAGGCAGAGUGCCCGCAUGCUUCACGAUGGGCAAGUCCUGGCUGUGUGGGUCUCUGAUAGGACUGUGAUCUCCAGGUGGAGGUCAGAGGACUCAUCUUUUCCAGUGACUCACCACCCAUCCAGGUGUGAGACCACAAGCAGGUGUUCUAGCACAAAGGAAGAUCUGGAUGGUUUGUUCUGUUUUUAAUAACAAACACACCCUCACCUUCUAAUCAUGCUCAGAACUCUACAGGCUGUCUGCCCUAGAGGAAUGGACAGAACAGUAGAAUCAUGAGGUCACCUACCUUCUCCAGCUUUGCCGCUCUGCUCAAUCCUCCCUUCCUCCUCCAGAACCCUUAUUUCCUAGGGAGAAAAUGAGAAACUCAAAGCCAGUGGCCCCUGAUGAUGGCACUUAUUGUUUCUGAUGGCAUUACUCCUAUGAAAGACGUACCUGAGGUUCAUGUACCAGGGUGGUUCCUGAUGAGAAAAGGACAUGGAUUAGGACUUUAAAGCAUUGGAUAGAACUUCCCAUGGUCUCUGCCCUCAAAAAGCUCACAGUUUAUGAGGCUAGAAGUGGGAGAAAAUUCAAGAAAAUCAAUGCAGCUGGUUUGUAGAUGUUGCGCUUUAAGUUGGUGUUGUGGUAGUUCCUGAUGUCAUUGUCUUACUUGCAUCUUCACUGUGCUUGGAGUCAGCUACCCCAGGGCUUGGCCAGGCCGCUGGGUUUCCCCCAGGUCUGUUCUUCUCAAAAUAUUGUUCUGUCCUAGCCACUCCUUAUUAGGAAGGCCUCUGGACUUCAGGCCUCUGAAUCAGGCCAAUUUUUUGUACCUAUUGCAAUCACUCUUUGUGAAGUAGGGGUUCCUCUUCGUCCGAUAGGUUUGGGGCUGAAACUUGCCGGUGCUGGGUGUCUCACGUGAUUCCAGAUUGGUUGCUCUUCGUUUAGGUUCUUUCCCCUGUAGCCUCUUAUUGUAACAGAAAUUUGAUCAUGAAAGACUUGGUUUUUCUCCCUCUUUUAGGAGAAGAAAUCCCUUCAACUUGUAUCAGAUAACUAAAUUUGGUGCUGAGUAAUAGCCCUGAGAACGGGUCUUAGCUGUGGAAUACAGCCCAGGAGGCUGGGGGCUGUAGUUGCUCCUGUCAUAUGGGGGAGAGUCCUCCAGGAGGAAAGUAGAGAUUAACUUCACCUGCUUCUGCAAAUGGCUUAAGUCCAUGGCUUCAAGUGACUUUUAAAAAUUCCCUUAGCCUCUUAUUUGUUUGUGAAAGUUAUCCGCCCCGUACACGGUUAUGCUCACUCACUCACUCAUUUAUACAUUUAUCUGAAUAUUCUUGAGAGCCUGUGCAUAAUGUGAGUUGCUUUCUAUUGCCAUUCCCUGGUUGAAGAGCAUUUUGGCUCCUCAUUGCCUGCUGAAGGGGUUUACGUUUAAGCUGGCAUGUAGGGUCUUCAGUUGUUGGGUGAGAUAAAGCAUACUUACCUCUGCUUCUUUGUAUGAAGCCCACUGUCAGAGAAGAUCUCUGUCAAGUGGGCAAUGGAGGGGGUGGCAGAGUUGGUGGUACAGGGAGGAAUCGGGGAAGGGCAGCCCUGUCCUGAUUAGUAGAAGCUUCUUGUUCUGCAAAGCUUUCCUGAGCACCAUACCCCCAAUAGAUAGGAAUACCGGGGAUGGCUUCCUUCUCCAACAAGGUCUAAAGGAUGAAGAGAAUGAAAAUAGCAAGACUUCCUUGGGACCAUCCAAGAAGGGAGUCGGGGAAGGGCCCUCAGUCACAUGCCAGUGCGGACCCCAGAUGUCCAGGACCAGCACUUGAAAGAUGUCUUAUCCUUCUCUGAAUUGCCCUUCCCUUUCUCCUUCCUCUUUGCUUUAUGUUUGCUUCUCCUUAGUGAUUAGCAGUGAAACUCUUCAUAGGCAGAGGGCCUGUGUGCCUAGUUCAGUACUGGCAAGAAAAGAGGGCUGGGGACAGAGGUAAUCCAGAAUGAGGAUUAGGGAGAGAAACAGAGCUGCAGUGGCAGCUAUGAAGAAAAACAACAGCAGGGCAGGAGUCCCGGCACCCGUAAGAAGAGAGAUAACUUGGCCCAGAUAAGAGACCUAGGCUGGAGAGGCAGCGUAGGUGGUGGCUGCUGUGAAGAAGAAAUGACAACAGGCUGGACCUGUUUCCUGAAAUGUGUGGGAAGGGGCAGAGGCCCGCAUAGGCCAGAGUUUAGGCUACAGAUAAGUUCCUACCCAGCCCUGUCACUUGAAGCUGACUUAACUUGUCCAUGUUCCGGGUGGCCAACAGAGACAGCUGUAGGCACUCCCACCUUGUUUGUGCCAAUUACCCAAGGCCUUCAGGGCCCUGGGACCUAUCCCAUGACACUGGUAUCCUAACUGAGCCCGUGCCGGGCCCUUUCAGGUUGUAGAAUGAAAAAGAUAGGGAAGGUGAUGGCAGCUGUGAAGAAAAGAGGAAAGCAGACUAGAGGCAUGAGGAGAGGACUACAGUGUCCCUUUGCCCCCACAUGCUCCCACCCUGUCUUUGGACCCUUGGAAGGGAUCCAUCCAGCACACAUGGCGCCUCCCUGGGAGAGCAAGAAGCAUAGGUAGGGGCCUCCUGCUGCUGGUAUGUAUCCAGGCCCACCUCCCACCCCUUCGACCUGUUGCGUCUGCUCAGGCUCCCAAACCCCUGAUGUCCUCACUUGGCCCCUACUUUGUACUUCAGGGCCUGGUUAUUGGGUGCUUUGUUUGGAUCUGUUUCUCCCGGUCACUGGUCUCCCCUCCUGUCCUUGGGAUAUCAUGCAACUGUGGCCAUAAAUAAGAGACACUGCAACCUGUCUGUUGGGUCGCCCAGGGGACCCCCAGAGGUCAGCCUAAGGCUGCCCUACCUCCUCUCCUGAGCAGGAGGUUUCAGUACUUCCGUGAUCCAGCCGGACCCGGCUGCUCAGUCUUCAUAGGCUGUGCGUUUUCCCCACUGCAUUAUUCAGUAGGUGUCAUGUCACCCUUUCUGUGCUCCUACAGUGCCCAGUUGGGGCCUCCCUGGGGUCCUCCCCAUGGGGUGCGGUGUAUUACUGUUGUGUGUCUUGUGCCCUCGAGGCCUCUGCUAGGCUGUGGCUUCCUUGAGGCCCAAGUCUGUAUGAAUCCUCUCUCUAUCCUUUUUACCUUGAAUGACAAUGAUUUCUUUAUAAAUAUAGGCUUUUUCUGUUGUGUUCUGAAUUCCCUGACGGUAAGGACUGUGCCUGAUUUGUCUCUCUGUCCUCUGCCCCCGGCGCAGGGCCUGGGACAAAACAGACAGCAAUAAGGUUCUGCUGAAUGAACCAAGGAAUCAAAGAUCCUUGGCCUUCUGGAGUAAGUGAGGAGGCCGGGGCGAGCCCCCACACAGGGAGGACCAUGUUGCCUCCCUCUGCCGAUCGGAUAGCGUUCUGAACCCUCUGAACACAAACCCAAAAUGAGUCUUCUCUCCGCUGGCCUGCUUCCAGAUCGGUCACAGGACUUCCUGGUAAAGAGCUUUUCCCUGGCUUCAGCUGAGUCCUGCCUCGGUGUCUCAGGAUCACAGCCCAAGCCCAAAGCCAAGCCUUGAUUUUGGUUCUCAUUUCAGUGUAUUUCCCCUCUGUCGCUGAUUGGCGUUUCUGUACGUGUCCCUCCUCUAGGACUCUGGGGGCGACGCCGUGGUUCAGUGUGUUCUGAGCAUGUCUUGGCUCUGUGACACCAAGUGCCGGAAGUGCCCUUUGUACUAGAGAAACUAUCAGGACUCUCGGAAACAAGGGAGGUGAAUAAAGAGCUUAAUUCUGGUGACCCCUGUUUGUGUGUUUUGUUCCUGUUGUCACACUGGGAGGUAUCAUCCUAAUACUUAUAUCUGCUUUGUACCCAACUUCUUUCAAAAAAUGGAUUUGAGGCCUUUUCUUGUUUUGUAUAAGAACUUUUACUUGCAGAAAGCUUUAUUAAUAAUAAUCUUUCGUCCUUUGACACAUUGUCAUUGGAGCACCAUUAGUUGCCAAUUAAGGGAAGCUGGGCGGAGAUGACCAGGACUGGUUAGAUUGGGUGCUACUGAUUUGAUGGCAUAUUACACACGAGCUAGUAAGUGAUUAAGUGGGGCCGCUGGGAUACACAGAAUCACCCCGUCUGGUACCAGCCCCGGGGCUUGUCAGGGCAUGUCUUCUUUCUUUUUGCAAAACACCCUGAAAUUGUUCCCAAAUCGUAGCUGGCGAGGCCGCAAAUACUUACCUCAGUGACAUGGGGUGAUAGCUUUAACUCACGAUUUUUACUUGACUUUGUACUCUGCUUUCUUAAAUUGACUGUUGAGAAGUUUUGAAUGGGCAUCUCUUUCAUCAUAACACUGAGUCAUGUAAUGAUGAAAGAAUCAAUGUACAGAACUGCUAAUUUUCCUCCUAAAAAUAGUUAUAAUAAUAAUAAUUAUUGAUAUGACAUUUUAAAAAAUCCAGUGAUCUAUUUUUUUGUGUGUGUUUUGUUGGAUUGCUUAAUAUCUAGGAACCUUUGGGCUUGAGAGGAAUAUGCACUAUUAUGUAAAUUUCAAUGCUCAAUUUAUUUUUUAAAGAUUUUAUUUAUUUAUUUGAGAGAGAAAGAGCGUGCAAAAGAACACAAGCAGGGGGAGUGCUGGAGGGAGAGGGA